GAGCUUCUUCUUUCUUAUCUUGAGUAGUCACCAUCUACGAGAACAAUCUUUUGCAAGAUGUCGUUGUCGACUCCAGUAUUACCGAUCUUGGAAAAAGAGGAUGUUAACAACAAACAGCUCCUUUCUGUAAUGAGCCGUUCUGCACCUUUGUUGAUCCCUUUUGCACAAUACGAUCAAGUGAAAUCUUCAUUGCCAAGAUCACUGUCUUACAUCGUUCAAUUCGUAUCGCCCGUCAGUAUUCCCGAUGCAGCAGAUGUGCUAGACGCAGGAGCUGAAGCCGUUUCAAUCUCUGCAAAUGAUGCUUCCACCAUUCUACAAGAAGAUUCGCCUGCUUUGCCUUUUGAACGUGUAAUUGUUCAAAUCGAUCCUUCAACCGCAAUCUCUCUUCCCGAAUUAGCAAAGAAAGGUCUUGCUGGUGUUCACAUCUCACUACCAGAAGGUCUCAGUCUACAAGAUGCCAAGACAGGAGAAUUGGUCGGUCAAUUCGUUUCAUCAAUCGAAGCAAAGAAGACCGGAAGACCAGUCUUUGUUAGCGCAUCAAAUGCCACACUACCAACAGUGGAAGAUGCAGCAUAUUUGACUUCAAUCGGAGCUUCUCUCGUCAUCCCCACAUCCAAGAUCGAUUUGCCAAAAGACGAAAAGUCUACUUCAGCUGGAAAAAUUGAUUUGAUUGGCGCUCUACUGGCCUCACUCAAAUCCGAUCGUCAGGAUGGCUUGUUCCCCACAACCGUUGUCGCUUCCGCUCUUGGUACUUCUCUUGGCUUGGUUUACUCAUCUCAACAAUCGAUUCGGGAAUCCAUCUUGACCGGCUCAGCAGUAUACCAAAGUAGAACACGCGGAUUAUGGAGAAAAGGAGAAAGCAGUGGUGCAACACAAGAAGUCGUUCGAAUUCGUAUGGAUUGCGAUUCUGAUGCUUUGGAAUUUACUGUCCGUCAAAAAGCCGGUCAAGAGCAUAUCGGAUUCUGUCAUUUGACCAAUCGUGAAGGUUGCUUCGGUCGUACUUCCGGUUUGGCUUUGCUCGAAUCAACGUUGCAAUCCCGUCUUAAAUCAGCACCGGCUGGUAGCUACACUGCCAGAAUCUUCUCGGAUGCUGCUCUGUUAGAGGCAAAAAUUCGGGAAGAAGCAAGCGAACUAGUUCAAGCCAAAGAUGAAGAUAAGCAACAUGUCGCAUUCGAGAUGGCUGACCUAUUGUAUUUCACUUUGGCAAGAUGUGUCCGUGCUGGCGUUUCAUUGGAGGAUGUCGAGCGUAGUCUAGAUGCUAAAGCACACAAGAUCACCCGCAGAAAGGGAGAUGCAAAGCCACAAUUCAUCAAUGGAAAUCCUGCAGCAUCGUCAAGUGACUCAAAACCACUACCAUCUGCACCUGCACCAAAAUCCGCCGCUGCUGUCGUAGAGGAGGAUGAAGGACCAAUCAAGAUGACAUCUUAUAGACUAGAAAACGUUUCUGAAUCAGAGAGAACAGAUUUGAUGAAGCGACCUUCGAUUAAGACGGAGGCCGUUAUGGAGCUAUGUCGACCUAUCUUGAGAUCAGUCAAAGAAAGAGGAGAUGAAGCAGUAUUGGAAUUGACAACCAAAUUUGACCGGGUCAAGCUCAAUUCUCCAGUCGUUUUGCCGCCUUUCACAUCGCCUGCAGUCCUACAAAAGAUCAAGCCUGAAGUCAAGAAUGCCAUCGAUCAAGCGUACAACAACAUUUACGCAUUUCAUGCAGCACAGAAGAAGGUGGGAGGCAAUGUCAAAGCAUCACAAGCUGGUAUUGGUGGAAUAAAUACGGCAACUGGUGAAGAAGCAGAUGAUGCUGUUUUGGAAAUGGAAACUAUGCCUGGUGUCGUUUGUCGUCGAUUUGCCAGACCGAUUCAAAGUGUUGGAUUGUACGUGCCAGGUGGAACGGCAAUCUUGCCUAGUACAGCUUUGAUGUUGGGUAUUCCAGCUCAAGUUGCUCGUUGCCCAACAAUCGUACUUGCCACACCUCCUCGUCCAGAUGGAAGCAUUACACCUGAAGUGCUUUACGUAGCCGAAAAAGUUGGUGCUAAAUGCAUCUUGGCAGCCGGAGGAGCACAAGCUGUAGGUGCAAUGGCAUACGGCACAAAAUCUGUUCCAAAGGUCGACAAGAUUGUAGGACCUGGAAACCAAUUCGUAACAGCAGCUAAGAUGAUCGUGCAAAACGAUACCGAUGCUCUUGUUAGUAUCGAUAUGCCUGCUGGACCUAGUGAAGUUCUCGUUAUCGCAGAUGGUGAUGCAGAUCCGGAAUUCGUUGCUUCUGAUUUAUUGAGUCAAGCAGAGCACGGACCUGACAGUCAAGUCGUCUUGGUCGGCAUUCAAUUAUCUGAUAAGCAAUUGGCAGCUAUCGAAGCAGCACUUGAUCGUCAAGCUCACGCAUUACCAAGAUGCUCAGUCGUUCGCAAAGCAAUCGAAAAGAGUUUGACAAUCGUCGUGCCAACACGUGAAGAGGCUCUUAGAUGGAGCAACGAGUAUGCUCCAGAACAUUUGAUCAUCCAAGCAAAAGAGCCAGAAGCAUUGGCAAAAGGAGUCAUCAAUGCAGGAAGUGUCUUUGUUGGUCCUUGGAGUCCAGAGAGCUGUGGUGAUUAUGCUUCAGGUACAAAUCACACUUUGCCAACGUAUGGUUUGGCAAGACAAUACUCCGGUGUUUCUACAUCUACAUUCGAGAAGAAUAUCACAAGUCAAAGCUUAACAGCCGAAGGAUUGAAGUUGUUGGGUCCACAUGUCGUUCAUUUGGCAGAAUGUGAGGAACUGGAAGCACAUGCAAACGCCGUACGAUUACGACUCAAAACAUUGGGCAUUGAAAUGCCACCUCCGCACGUCAAGAGUGCCUGAUUCCUUAUUCUGUAUCUGAUAGACUUUUUUGAAAUGCAGUUGAUCUAUGGAAGC